CAUCCCUAGACCCCCAUCGCUCAUUCCGUGACUGGUACGAACUUCUACUUUUCGCGCGACAUCUAGCAGUGCAAAUCCUACCUGAAUGCGAACAACUCACGAAUGCUAAACCUUGUGCGGAAACCCAAUGGGUCGGCUCGAUACUUGCAGACCUCCGCCCGAGCAGCUGCACUUGUUCAGAAGCAGAAGCAACAUUAUAACCAUGUACAACAACCACGACCCGUCAUAGGCACGGCUGAAGUGAAAAAAGGAAAAGAAAGAGAAAAAGAACGUGAUGUAGUCCAAAAAGUCGUGAAACAUGUCAAACGCAACGAGCUCGGGGUUCAGCUUCUCUCUCGGGAAUUGCAUUCGCAAAUAUUUCGCAACCUCUCUUUCCCAGCACCAGAGAAAGCCUUUGUUCGCAUUGCACAGGAGCAUCUGGAAAUGCAUGGACUAGAUCCCAAACAAGGCUCUGUUCUUCCUGAUAUUGGCUUCACCCUCCCUCCCCUUCUAGGCUCAAAUAUCGAUGAGCAUUUCCACAGAAUCGGCAGUCAAUCCGCUCAACCAUGGCUAAACAUCGCCAAAGAUUUUGCGUCGAACGAACUUCCUCCCAAACCGGACCAUUGGGAGAUUCAGUCAGGAUGGACGAAAUAUCACUUCCUCGCUGAUGGGUCGAGCUACAGUGAGCACGUAGAGUUCCCACAGCACGAAGGGAAUGCCGAAGAAGUCCUCGUGUUUGAUGUAGAAACCAUGCCUACAUAUCAUCCUUAUGCCAUCAUGGCAUGUGCUGCCUCGAAGAAUGCCUGGUACAGUUGGAUAUCGCCCUGGUUGCUCGGAGAAUCAGUUGAGCAACAACACCUCAUUCCCUUGGGGGAUACGCUUGUCCCACGUGUAGUCGUUGGUCACAAUGUCUGCUACGACCGCGCGCGCAUUCUGGAGGAAUACAGCUUGCAGGGAACUCAGUCCCGCUUCCUCGAUACGAUGGCUCUGCAUGUCGCAGUAAAGGGGAUAUCUUCCCAUCAAAGACCUGCUUGGAUGAAGCACCGCAAGUCCAAGGAGAAUCAGCAAGUGCGUCGUGUCGAAGCGGUCGAGGCCGUCAUGGAACUCAUGCGUGAUGCAGAGUUCAAGCACGACCAGGAGGUCGAUGAAAUCAAACGAGAAGAACUACGACGUCUCCGCGCUGAUCUCGAGGAGAGUCUUCCGCAGCUCGAAGCUGCCGAUACCGAUGCCACGGAAGCUGAUCUCUCAAGCAAGCGCUGGGAGGACCUGACUUCGGCCAAUUCACUGGCUGAUGUCGCCAAACUGCACUGCAAUAUCGAUACGGACAAGGAAAUUAGAAAUGACUUCAUGAAGUUGACCCCAGAAGAAAUAGCGGAUAACAUUCACGACUACCUCAACUACUGCGCGCAAGAUGUAUUUGUGACUCAUGCUGUCUUUUCCAAGGUCCUGCCAACUUUCCUUGACCGCUGCCCCAGUCCCGUUUCAUUCGCUGGCAUUCUUACGAUGGGUUCCAGUUUCUUGACGGUAAACGAGUCCUGGGAAGCAUAUCUUGCGGAUGCAGAUAGGACCUACAAGGAGUUAGAUGGGAAAGUAAAAAAGCGGCUUGUCGAACUCGCAGAGCAAGCCAAGGAUAGGAUGGGGGACGAGUCUUGGAAGGAUGACCCUUGGCUCUCUCAACUUGACUGGACGCCCAAAGUAGCAGGGAAAUCUAGGGGGAUCGUAUCUGCUGAACAGAUUGACUCGACUGCAGCGAGCCCAUCAACUGCUCCCGCUACUUCCUCCCGACGCAAGAAGUCCGCUCCUAAGGAGCCCAAAGUUAAGGUGUUUUGGCCGAAGUGGUACUGGGAUCUUGCAAAGCCCAAGAAAAACAUGCCUCCCGGCACGCUGGAUGUCACAGUACGGAAUCGCAUUGCUCCCAUCCUCCUCCGUUUGUCUUGGCAAGGCUGGCCACUCUUCUACUCCCGGGAACACGGCUGGACCUUCCGCGUUCCAGGAGAUGUCGAAUUCUCUACCCGUCUUUCUCAGCUCGAUUUCUAUGAUCCUACAGAUGAUGCCCUGCAGGACAUGCGCUUGAAGGGAGGUUUUCUCUUCUACAAAUUACCACAUAAAGACGGGGAGAAGGCAAACGUGGGCAGUCCGCUUGGGAAAACGUUCAUGAAAUAUGCACAGGAUGGGACGCUCACGAGCCCUGGCGACGAAGCGAAUGAUGCAUUGGACAUGAACGCGCAGUGCAGCUAUUGGAUCAGCGCGCGCGAUCGCAUCUUAAAUCAGAUGGUAGUCUGGCAGCAGGGAGCGUUAGAUCUGCAGUUCAAACCACCUGAAUCUUCGGACGAACCCCAGAAAUGGGGUAUCAUCCUUCCUCAAGUGAUUACCAUGGGCACUGUGACGCGCCGCGCUAUUGAGAAGACGUGGCUCACGGCUAGCAACGCGAAGAAAAACCGCGUUGGGUCAGAGCUCAAAGCCAUGGUGCGCGCACCCAAGGGGUACGCCAUCGUUGGCGCAGAUGUGGACUCAGAAGAGCUGUGGAUUUCAAGCUGUAUGGGUGACGCACAGUUUGGACUACACGGCGCUACGGCUCUUGGAUGGAUGACCCUUGAAGGCACCAAAACCGCGGGAACAGAUCUUCAUUCAAAGACAGCGAGCAUCCUGGGCAUCUCUCGUGACCAAGCAAAGGUGUUCAACUAUUCCCGAAUUUAUGGUGCUGGGAUGCGUCAUGCUGUCCUCCUGCUGCUGCAGUCGAGCGCCGGCAUGCUGCCCGAUCAAGCUCAACGUCUCGCAGAAAACUUGUACUCGUCGACUAAGGGCAAGAACACGCAUCGCACGGAUUUCUUUGGGAGGAAAUUCUGGUUUGGUGGAACGGAGAGCUUCGUGUUUAACAAGCUGGAAGAGAUCGCGCUUUCGGAUCAACCACGAACUCCAGCUCUCGGAUGCGGAAUCACAGCUGCUCUAUCAAAGGAGCUUCUUCCGGCCAAAUUUGGUUCAGAUUACAUGACAUCACGCAUAAACUGGGUCGUGCAGUCAUCUGGUGUCGACUACUUGCACCUUCUCAUCGUCGCAAUGGAUCACCUGGUCAAACACUAUGGUAUCAAGGCGCGGUAUCUCAUCUCGGUGCACGACGAGUUACGUUAUUUGGUUGCCGAAGAAGAUCGCUACCGAGCUGCACUUGCCCUGCAAAUCGCCAACUUAUGGACACGGAGUCUUUUUGCCUUUAAGCUAGGAAUGGAUGACUUACCUCAGGGUGUCGCGUUCUUCUCAGCCGUUGAUAUCGACAAGGUGCUCAGAAAGGAGGUUGAUAUGCCGUGUGUCACACCUUCUCAUCCUGACCCUAUCGCCCCUGGAGAAAUUUUGGACAUUGCCGGCAUUUUGGAGAAGACAAACAGCGGUUCAUUGUGGAAAGAUGGACGCCCCAUGAUUGCUGACUGUACGCCUUCCAAAGUGCCUGACGAGCAUAAUGAAGGCUAUGAGCCUCCUAGUUGUCUUAUUCAUCGUGCUGAGAGCGCGGCUUGGCUACGAGCCCAAGCUACCUCUGAGUUUCCUGAAAUCAAGCAUCUUGCGCAGCACUCCUCGGGGCAGGUGAUAGAAACCGGGAUCCGUGGCGCCCAGAGCGGCAAUGAAGGAAGAAAGCGCGGGCGUCCGGCGAAACACUCAUCCAUGGAGUUGGGUGAUUGGGAAGCGAUGCAAGAAGUGUUGAAAUCAGGCAGCCUAAGCUGAAAUCUAGCAGCUGACAUACCGACGGAUCAUCAUCACUUAGUUGACAUGGGUAUCUUAUCACGCUGUAUAGUGAUUUAAAUUAGGCUCACAUAAUAUUAGAGUUACCUUAUUCAUGUU